AUGGAGAAGUAUUUUAGGCCUGUUCACAGCCCCUCUGGCCAAGGUGAGAUGAAAUUGCAGAAGCACCACCAUCCCGAAGACCAGGAGUCGCACAGGUUUACACUCUUCGAGGACUCUGAUGUCAGUCAGGAAGAAAACCACCACCUCCAUGGAAAUGAUCACUACCUCUACAACAACCCUCACCGUCAUCCAAUGCACCAAACUCCUCACAACGAAGAGGAUGAGAUACUUUACAACCACGGCACUCCUGUAACUCUCUCCAGAGCUUCAUCCUCUUCCCUUUCUUCAUCCUCCUCCAAUUUCUCCUCAUCGUCCUGGUAUACAGAGCCAAGCGCCAACAAUGCCUUCUCUCUGCGCCACGCUGAACGUCCGCAGCAUUCUCUGUCCUGCUCCAACAUCGCAGACGUCCGCAGGGUUUUCCGGGAAGACGACAGCAGCAAGCCGGUUGUCUUUGCCACCGUCAAUCAUGGCAGCCGCAGCAGUGUUGCUUGUCACACUCAUGGCAGCUCACAACAGAAAACCAAGGCGGUUUAUUCAGCUCUUGACCGAGGUCAUAGCAGAAGCGAGGAGGGCCUUCUGGAGGGUUUUGAAGGACGCGAUGGCAGAAAACCAUCCCAGGCACCGAGCAGCGGACAACUGUACAAGACGUCGAGUUUGACUCGGAGCCUGGCUUUCACUGAUAAAGACCUUCUCUUAGGAGAUUCCAGAGGCCCAAAGAGAGCGGUAUCAUCCAGUCAGCUUCCCAGCAAAGGAAUCCUCAAGAACAAGGAGCCUCGUGCUGACAUACGAAAAGCUAAAUCGAUGGAGGUGAUAUCCCCAAGAGUUCCCACACGACAAGCACCUAGUGGACAGAAGGGGACAGGCAUUGACCCAUCUGAGAUAGAGCGAGUGAAGGAAAAUGUACUUCAGGGAAAGUUGCAAUUUUCUGCUUUCCUGGAUGAGAUAACUAAGCAAGUGAUAAGUCCAUCGUAUCUCACCAUGAUGGGUGCGAACAAUAACAAAACAAGUAACAAGCCUUGCGCACCGGCUCCAACUCUCGACCCAGUUAAGCCUCAACUCCCACCAAAGAAGAACAGGAAGAGCCUUGUCGAGAAGAGGGAAGAGUAUCCCAAACACAACAAGAGGCAGGAGAAAGGUGCUAGCGGCGGCUCUGGAAAACACUCGGACUGCUCUAAUCCUGACAAACUGAUCUCAUAUGCAGCCUGCAGCCACCAGGGUAGUCCCCCACCCCAUCACUAUCGCUUCUCCCCAAGUCAAAAUACUAACCAGGGAAAAUCACGUAAAGACAAGAGGAUGUCACCCCUUGUGGGUUUCGUGUCUGAGAACAGACUUGGCAGGUUAGGUGUACCCCACCUAACCGAUGGAACCAGCUCCAGCCCGGAACCAAAUCAGCCCAAACAGCGGCACCACCACAGCAAGCAGCAAACCGCCGCCUUCCAUAGUCCACAUACCCAGCACUUCCCUCAACCUCACCAGGGGUAUCUUAGUGCCAGCCAAACAGGGCACAGCACCUCGCCACCAUCCUCAGCGCAGCGUGCAAGACCAGGCCUCGGAUCAGAGUCUUCAUCUUGUAAGUCAGACUCGUCCAGAACCCGAGACACAGCCUCCAGUGCUACCAGUCCCAGCUCGGAGCACAGCGGGCGGCAUCAUUUAGAGUCUUCGGUGACCUCAAAGCAAUGCAGAGACCGACUGUGUGACUCAGAGCAGCUUCAGGUGCUCCGAGAGGAAAAUAGUGACCUUCACCAGAACUUGCUGCAGACUGUGGUCUGCAUCGAGAGCCUGGAGUCGGAGCUGCAGAGGACCAGGGACGAACUGAGCAACGUCAAAGAAAAAUACAAAAGCCUGCUGGAGUCCCACUCAGGAAGCAGGACAGCCAACAACCUGCUGGGGGACAACUUGCACAUUGCGGUGAGAGAACUUGCAAGGCAAGAAUAAGACCAAAGGGCUCUUCCGUUGCGUGGCA